UCACAUCAUCCUACGUCGGUGGAUGGCUUGGCCUCUUGAAUAGUUCAAGACUCUUGGAUGACCACACUUUAUGCAAAAUCUGGAAUCUUCCUGCCUGGACUCCUUUCUGUUUUCUGAGGCGAUCUUCUGGUUAUUCCCAACUCCCGUAAAGAAGUUGUUACAUAGGAGUUUAGUUUUUGCUAACAGCCGAGAUGUGAUGUUAAUGGAGUCUCCAACACUUGCUGAGGACACCAGAUCAGAGACACUGUUCUGUGUAGUCUGACAGCUUACUGUGUUACACUCCGGUACGGUGUAGGAUUACAGUGCAUGGAUGCUUCUUCCCAUCUUAGAAGGGAGGAGUUUCUAUGAAAUGUCCUCCAUGGAACUGGAAGGAACUGAGGAACAUGCUGUCGGCGCCAGAAUUUCUACGUACAGACUCCUUUGUAGUUCAGUGCCGUGGAUGAAGAGUUUGGCACUCCUAAACAUUGAGUUCGCUUUGUUUCCUUUUCUCUAUAUCUGCAAAAUAGUUUUAAUUAAAAAAGCAUUCUGCCAUAAAUGGCCUGUGUCUCAGUUUGCAUUACUAUAAUGAGAGAAGAUGAGAAAAUGCCAGAAAAAAAUUAUUGAGUUCUGGUGUUCCUUAUUGUUCUUGUUUGUUUGGUGACAAAAGAUUCUAAAAUAGAGCAUCUGAACUCAAAAAAAGUUGGUUGUUGAACUUUUUCGUAAAGUUCAAGAGAAGGAUGACUUGCAGCUUGCCUCUUUUAUUAUUGAACAGCUAUGCAUAGGCCUCGCAUUUGAAGUUGGCAUAAACUUUAAUUUUUGUUCAGUUUAUUUACUUACAAAUUGCAGAGUUAUCAGAUUGGCAUGUUCCAAAAUCCUGUUACUUGGUCCAAUUUUUUGAGAACUGAGUAGAUUCCUGGAAUUAGGCUGGAGUAGGGAAAGUGCUGUUUCUUGACGUUCUUUGUGUUAGUACGCCUGACCUGUGCUUCUUUGAACUGACAACUGUGCAGCAGUCACUCAGUAACACAGGAUUGUCUGGGCACGGUAGCGUGGAUUUUUUGUAGACUUCUGUUUGUUUUCCGUAGUACCGAAAACUUAAGCGUGGGGAGCACUGCAUGAUUAAACAAUGUGAUCAACAUCUUACAUUGCAAAGAAAUGUUAUCAAAAGAGAGUGUUUGACUGGUUUCUGAAUUUUGGGUUUGGGAUGUAUGUGUUAAUACGCCAUGCUACAAAAGGACAAAUUACUUAAGAAGUAGUUUGUGAGAGAUACGACCCUGUCAGAAAUUCUUAUGCUAGAAAGUAAAGCAAAAGGCCUGAUAAAAUGUAGAUUAGCUGUAACAAAGGGGCUUUGUAUCUUUUGUAGGUCAGCAGCUGAGUGUGUUUGACAAGAACUGAAAUUUAAUGUCUCCUGUAGCAACCAUGACACUAGUCAUUUUUAAAUCCACUGUACCAAUGGUACUUGGGUUUUCAUUAGCCUUUUCCAAAUUUUUUGUGUAACCUCUGAAGUCUUACGGAUCCUUGCAAUUAAGCAAAAAACAUACUAAACAGGCAGAACUUCUAAAACCUAAGAUAGGAGUGUGUUUGUAUACUUCAAAAAAAAUAUCUUUGACAUCUAGAAAACGGGGAGUCUGUUAAGUGGAAACAUUUGAAGUUGGAGCAAAUAAUCUUUCUUGCUCUUCAUUUUUAUAGUUCAGAGUGCUGUCAUGCCCAAGCUUUGUUACAUAUUUCUAGAAUGCUCUGGGACAAAUUUUAUGAAGGAAAUUGGAGGAAUCAAAAGGAGAGUGUGUGCAUAUACAAACAUGAAAUAUUUAGUCUAGUCAGACUACUGUGUGAAUUUAAAAGUUAAAUAUUUCAUUUUAGGCUGUUCCUGUGGUAGUACCUAUAUCCUUACAUAUGAUAGUUUGGUUUCUCUUUAAGCUUGCUUAAAGAAUUUAAAUACUGCCCCAUUUUUGAUAUGCUAGAAAUUCAUAUUAUUUAUAUAAUACAAAUAGAUAAGUCUAAUAUUUCCUGUGUGUCUAACAAAUGUAAAUAUAUAUUUUAAAAGCAUUAAAUGUCAAAACUAAGCAUUCUGAAUGUAUAAAGUAUGAGAAUUACUGUUCCCUGUAUGGUCUUAAUUUUCUUCCCUUGUGAGUGUGAAUUUUGGUCCGCUUUAAUUAGUUAGCAGAGGGAAAGAAAAACAAACUGGUGUGCAGUGUAUGGGAGGGAUGGUGCUUAGCAGACAAAUAGCCAUUUUGAUGUAUGCUUUUAUUCUUUAUAGUAAUAGUAUGGGGUAAUGCCUUAAGCAGUACACAACAUUUAAACCCUACUUAAAAUGGACAGUUAAUUUGAUUGUGAGUUUUCUGAUUUGCAGACACUAAUUGUCUUCAUGAUCUGUUAGGAGAUGGUAUAUUUAUACUUAUGCCUGACAUACACACACUCACUGCCCUCAAAAAUACGUAUUAUAUUCGAUACCUGAACUUUGUAUCCAGACUUCUGCUGAUUUUGUUUGCAGUGGAGUGCUCAGUACUGUCUGGUUCUGUUUGCUCUAAAUGGGGUGCUGGAAUGGGGGAGUGAUACGUGCUAAGUGUGGGAAGAUCAACUAGGUAAACAGGCACACAACAUCCAGCCACCUUAUGUUUUUUAGAGAUUCGCUGGUGCUGUGGCAGUUUAGGAGAAAACUUUGGAGUAAAACAGACUUCCAAAGUUUAAAAAUUGCAAUUGCAGCACUGGUAAAAUUACAAGUAAUUAAAGGGGUUUUUUAUUGUGUUUUUUUUUUAAUAGUGAACACGUUAGUAAACUGAGCUAUAGGCCAAACUGCUACCUGUUAUGUAAAAAUGCAUUCUUAUGACAAAUUUUAUUUCAUCCAGGUAUAUCCCUAAAAGAAAAAGUGGGUAUGAUCGUAAACUUAAACUCCUUUACCGACUGUCUGUGUUUUCCUGUGUGUCUUGCUGAGAAGUAUGCACUGCUGACUUACUUUCUGUUCCUCCAGAGGAGCUGAGUUCUCCAACAGCCUUGUCUAGGCAGAUGGAUGUAGCCAUGGAGCCCUGCAGUGCUUCCUGCAAAUCUGGAGAAAUCCCAAAAGUUCAUGUUGGGGAGAGGUCUAAAACGCAAGCUGAGUGACUAUGAGGAGAACAUGGCUGGUCUCUCGAGUGCCUUUGAUUCCAGUCGAAGUCUGCCGUAUCCGCUUAAGAGGCAGUUAGUGCUUAAUAUGUGCCUCACCAAGUUACAGACGUACAAAAUGCUGGUGGAACCGAACUUGCACCGCUCUGUCCUCAUAGCCAACACAGUACGGCAAAUUCAAGAGGAAAUGAGACAAGAGAGUAAUCAGCAGCCAAUUAAUGUCUGCCCUGGCAUUACUCCUAGUUCUCACAGCUACACAGGGAUGGAGUCAUCUGGGAUUUCUCUUCAGUUGCCUUCAGGUAUUAGUCAGCAAGAGUCUAACUGUUGCGACUUGCGGUCUGUAGAAGACCCAAUUGAAAAUAGCCUGCUGAUAGUUUCAGAUGAUGAUAUGUCAUCUGCCAUUUCAUCUAUUCUGAAGGAUUUAGACUUUGUAGAAGAUAUAAGCCCGCCUGCUUGUCUGGUUCCUACUGGAGAUGACCAGCCAAAGUUUCCAGAAAAUACUGGUCUAAAACUAGAAGAUGAUAGACAGGAUUUGAAGGGAGCUGAAUGUGUGUUUGGUUCCUUUGAGAUUUCAAAUUCAACUAGUUACUUGAAGGAUUUGGCAAUAGAUGACAUUUUUGAAGAUAUUGACACUUCAAUGUAUGAUUCAGACUUUUGCUGCCCUCCACUAAUGCCGCCUAGAUCACCAUCUCUUGUUAACGAAGAACCAUUGAAAACCUUUCCAUCUUGUAAUUCUUCUUCAGCAAGCAACAUUCAGAUAUGUAGAACAGAUCUGAGUGAGUUGGACCACAUCAUGGAAAUUCUCGUUGGAUCCUGAUACUCGUUUUACCCAAAGAUACUUUUUACUGCCACUUUCAUUUGGUUUCAGGAUAAAAGCCACUGGAAAAGUUGUAAAGAAUUCUUCAAAACACAAACUAAAAAUAAUCUGUCCAUAGUGGGAUUUUCUAAAUAAUUCCAAAACUUAUAAACCAAAAAAGUGGCAGAUUUUUUUUUAAAAAAAGAAAUAUUUAUUUAUCAGAACUGUGCAAUCAUCUUUUUCCUUCCAGGGUGUAUGUGGAACAAUAGGCACAUACCCUUAUCUCACCCCUCAUGCCUCUUUCAAUAAACUUUUUUAUGUGCAAUUUUUAAUUUGUCAGAAAAAUUUACAUGCAAAACAAAUUUCAUAUGAGAUGAUCUUUUACAAAGCCUCCACUUUAUUUUUAAUAUCAAGAGUCUAUGCCAAGUUGGCAUACGUCAAGUUGCGUAGUUGGAUUGCAUGGAUUGCAGACGCGUUACUAGAGAUGGGUAUAUUUUAAAAAUGAGACACGCUUUGCUUGCUUUUGGUCAGAAGAGCAGAUCAAGACGCUUGUCAACAAAGUCUCUUGCAUUUUCUAAAGCAUUCAGAACUAUUUAUUUUUGUAAAUUUUAUAGUCUUUCUACAUUUUACUACGUUAUUUCAUCAUAGUUCAAAUAUAAUGGACUUCUAGUUGGAUGUGUUUAGCACUACCUCUGAGCUGAAAUGCUUUAACUCUUUCCAGUGCUUCGUCUAAGACUGCAGAUCUUUUUGUUUCUAUUUUUUUCUGGGGGAAAGUAACGUCUAACUCAUUAAGCUGAUCCUUUGACAGUGACCUAGCUGAUUUGUGAGAUCAAGGGUAUUCAAUGUUUAAAAACUUUUAAGUAUUUACAAAUGUAAUUUAUAUGUAGAUUGUGCAAUUUAACAUUUUUCUGUCAGUAUUACGUGCUUAGAUUUUGAAUAAUCUUGGCGUUCUUUAAAUUAAAACUUACUAUGUACAGGUAGCUUUUUAAUCUGUUUUGGAAAACACUGUCCUUCAACCCUGCUUUCACUACAAAGUUUAAGAUGAUUUUUAUGUGCAAUAUUAUUUAAAAAGAUACACAUUUGUAUACCUGGCAUUGUGGAAAGAAACGCUUCAAACUUAAAAAACUUUUAGCACCUUUGGAGGAUACUCAAGAGCAUCAACAUUUCUGUAUCCUUUAAGAGACAAAGUUGAGAACACUUCUUACUACACCAGUGCUUACUGCUUUGAAUACUCCUGGAACACUCACUGGUGUGCGGCGAGUCAGUGCUGAUGAUCAAGUACCAUCCUGCAGCUGGGUGGGAGCUCAGGGGUCUGAGGGCUCCGGGGCUGGAUCUGCGUGGGCUUUGGAAGCAUCGUGAUGGUGGCGGUGGCUGCUGCUGCAGGUUGUACUGGGGAAGGAGGAGUGCGUGUGUAUGGCGGGGGUGUAUAUAAGUAUAUAUAAGUGCACUCAUUAACGGAAGAUGAGAUUUGCCGUGAGAAUUAUUUUUCCGUAAGACAGUUGGGAUACGGUGUUUCAGCUUGAACUGAGGUCUGUAUUGAUGCUUGCUGUCGUCUUCUGAACUACACACUUGCACAUUAGUUUUUGGUUGGUGGCUUUUUUUUUUUUUUAAUUUUUUAAUUAUAAAACUUUUACUUUGUUCUUGAAAGCUGCAGCACCUGUCUUGUAAGAAAAUUUGCAGUUGUAAAAGCUUUGCUUUGGUUUGUUGUUUUCUGGGAGGUUUAUUUUUUGUUGUUGUUGUUCUGCUGAGACUUUUCGUGAAUGGGACAUCGGCAGAGGAAAAAAAACAUUGCCUGUGCAUCGCAUCUCACAGAAAUUGAAAUUCUGGCCCUAUUGAAGGGGCCAGGGUGUCAUCUACUAUUUCUAGUCUUAAGCGAUGCCAUGGCACACCUACCUUGUGCAAAGAUCUCCAGUUUUUACUGUGACUGUUGUGGUUAACAGUUAGCUGCCGAUACAAUUUGGUAUCCCAAACCCAUGGAGAACCCGUUCAGGUCACAUCCUCACAGCCAUCUGGGUUGUUUAGCAACCGAAGGGUAUAAAUGUAUUUAUAUGCAUAUAAUGUAUUUGAUUCUAAUAUAAAACUUCUGAUCUAAAGUAUUUUGAAUUGCUGGAUAAAGGGAUUUGUUUGAAGAGUGUAUAAAUAGUUCUUGAAGAGGUACAGCUUCAGAAUGUACACAGAUUGUGCAUUGUGUAUAGACUACUCUGGCUUUUCCUCAGCCUCUACUUUUGUAUUAGAGAUAUGACUGAAUAAAUCCUUCAACUGUUAAGGGCCUUCUGCACUGUGAUGAAGCAGAGUUGUGGUUAAAAACGUCUUGAAAUUCAGUGAUGAGGAAUAAAAUAAAAAGACUGCAUCUAAUUUCUUUUUGCAUUUGAUAAUAUGGAAUGUUACUAUGCAGUAAAGAUAUUUUGGUAUGAAAAUUGUAUCAUGUAGCAAAUAGUGAACACUUAAUAAAUCCACUUCCUUACCUUGCAGCCCCUACAGAAACAUAAGAGAAGACAACUUGCUUUUUGGCAUUUACAUGCUAAAGCUUUUUGUAUACGUCAGAAAUAGAUCAAAUUGUUGGUAGAUGUUUUAUCAACAGUUCAAAAUGCAAUUUUCGUUCAGGUGCUUGCUACAAAGCUCUGUUUCUAGUUGGUUGCUUGCAUCACAGUGCCAAGACCAUAAGCUGGUAUGUAAUGCAGUUCAGUUAUGUAUGGAACUAUGUGCAAAGGGAAGUUUAAUUUUUAAAUAUGCACAAACUAAUUUUAAAAUCCUUCCAUGUAAAAUGAAGUUAGAGGCUAGUUGUGGUGGACCUAUUUAUUGUAUGUUUGGAAAUAAAAGCCACAGUUUUGCAGUUUAA